GGUUACUAUUACUCAUAUCGAACCUAUGAAACAAAAAGAAAAGAACGAUUUUCAUAUAAAUAUUUAAUUACUUUAUUUUAAUGAUUAAGAAAUUAAAUAUUGCUCAAUAAAUGACAAUAAAUGUAACGGACUAGAAAAAUAAAUAAAUUGAACCAUUCGGAUUAGCUCCGCCCCGGAGUGGGUUGCGUCAUCAUUCUAGCGCGGGUUAGGGAAGUGAGUCUCGUCACGGAAAAAAAAGUGAAAUGGCUGCUGAAGCAGUGAUGCAGAUUCAUUUGCAGUUGUGAAGUUAAAGAUUAAACGAGAAGUUGAGCUGAUUCAUCCGACAAAAACGGCGUUCGAAAAGAUUUUCUUGAUUCAUCUGAGAUUAUUUCUAAUCAUUAGCACUUUAUUCUUGGUUGGGUUUUUUUUUUCCCUUCUCUCUAUUUUCUGUGUUUCCGGUCCUUGAUAUCUCUCUUUGAAAGUGAACGAGGAGUUCUGAGUUAGAACUGUUUCUGCCAUCAACGAGGAGUGCUCAACAUUGGUGGAAACUGGCGGGCCAACCUGGUUUUCCUGAACUUGGACAAUUUCAUGUUUCAUCAAAGUGGUAGGACCACACGUAUCAUUUUUUUUUUUCCUUCCCUGGACGUUAUUGCAACUGUGAACGAAGGUUUUUUUCCCUUCCUCUCAUUCGUUUCAUCUCGGAGUUGCAUAUCUGAAAUUCUUUACCUGAACAUCAAAAACAGGACGGACACUGAACUGAGCUAAAGUCCUAUUUAAUUGUUUGAGUCAUUUCUGAUUUGGUGUGUCAUUCAUUGGACGGUUUAUCUGAAAUUAUCUAUAUUGCUGUUUUAUUUUUUUAUUUUUUUUUUCCAUCUUCUAUUGAAAUUUUCCUUAAAAAAGAGUGAAUACAAAGGGUAUUGAGUUGAACAAUUUAACAUUUUGGUAUUGAACAUACACUUUGUUUAUCAUUUAUGUGAAAAUAAGAAGCAGGGUUGUUUGAAAGUGGAUAGCUAUCCAGCUAAGGAAUUAGAGCAGAUAAAUUGAGUGAACUAGAAUUAAUUAACUAAAUAUCUAAUUAUAGAAAUAACACACAAGAAGUCAUAUUUGAGUAAAAAUAUCUUUAAUUCCAAGGAAUUUAUUUCAAGAGGUUUCUUUUUUUUUUAAUUUGUUAUCGAAGCUGUCAUUUUGUUUGUUUUUGUUUGUUUUCUCCUUUGUUUGUUGGUUUUCUCCAACGUUACACAAAUUAAUACAAGUAUAUAAAAAAUACUUACUUUUCAAUUACAAACCUGUCUUUUGUGAUUAUUUCCCUUGCCUUGCUGCAACACUGGCUCAAGAGCGAGCAUAGACUUCUGAUCUGGUCCGAGACAUAGUGAGCAUGUAGGCUGUAGGACGAGUGUUACAUAAAAGUUGGCGAGCCCAGCCAGGAGCCGGUUCUUGCAGCAAGGGUAACUGUUAAAGAAACAGAGAAGGGAAAUUAGUAAAACAAGAGAAACGAGUUAUUGAAUUUUUCAAUCGUUAGGAUGGAUAUUGUGAAGCGAGAAAACGUUAACGUAGCAAAUGCUCUCAUAGUCGAAGGCCUUACGUUAACUGAAGUAGACAAUGAGCUGGAAAAGUACCUGGAGAGAUAUGGUUCAAUCAGCCGCACUAUUAUCAUUGACAACCAAGGUUCAGAGUUUCACAGAAAUGCCAUCAUAGAAUAUAACCAUAGCUCAGCAAUUAAAAAUUUGUGUCCCUUCUUACCCUUAACUUUGGGGAGUCUCUCUGACCCAGGUGUUACCUUCCGAGUGCGUGCCUUAGCUACUGUCUACACUCAACCUUCUAUCUGCACUGCCACUGAAGGGUAUCUUGAGGAAUUGAAGGCCAUUGCUGAAGAAAGUGGACUGUCUUUCCAGAGUGUGCUUCAAGAGGAACUGGAGAAACUCCGAGAAACCCAUUCUGAAAAGCAAGCUCCAGCAGAAUCUCAGCAAACUAGCUGUCAUGGUUCUAGCAGUGACUCCCGGAGUGCAGAGGCCACCACCCCAUCGUCAAUAAGUAGCCCCCUGACUAAUUCAAAAGUGACACCAACUCAAAGCUCAGAAACUAAAAACCCAACCAAGAAUAAACCGACAUCUGUGUCUCCCCCUUCUCCAGAAACUACCACUGAUAACAUUACUGUGACAAGCUGCCCUGCUUUCACAAAUAUUGUGGACCCACCCAGUGUCCAGAGAAUGGUGGUUGAACACAUUGUGAAGACAAGCGAAGCUACUCUGUCACAGCAAACCUCAGUCCGUUUGAGGGUUUUCUCAGGGAGGUCUCCUCGUCCCCCCAAUGAACCAGAUUUCGACACCUGGCGUGCAAGUGUCGACUUCUUGAUAAAUGACCCUUCCAUCUCUGACCUGCACAGAACGCGAAAAAUCCUUGACAGUCUCUUACCUCCAGCUGCUGAUAUUGUAAAACUUGUGCGCCCUCCAGCCCUGCCUGCUGUGUAUCUUGAGCUGUUAGAGUCCGUAUAUGGUUCAGUCGAGGACGGAGACGAGUUGUUGGCCAAACUCAUGAGCACUCUACAAAAUCAGAGUGAAAAACCAUCAGACUACCUGCACCGCCUACAGGUCAUUUUGAGUGCAGCAAUCAGACGAGGUGGCAUAGCAGAAAGUGAACGUGACCGUUACCUUUUGAAACAAUUCUGCAGAGGGUGUUGGGACAAUGGUCUCAUUGCUGAUCUUCAGCUUGGAAAAAGAGAAAUCCGACCCCCCACUUUUGCCGAAUUAGCAGUGCUCAUUCGAACUCAAGAAGACAAACACGCCUCUAAAGAGGAACGGAUGAGGAAGCAUCUUGGGAUGACUAAGCCCCAUAAUGCCUACCCGAAGUCACGAUCAGCCUCCAACCAAGUGUCAGUCUGUUCAUGUGAUGCGCCCAGCUCUGAUAGUUUCGAACUAAAGAAACAAGUUGCUGAAAUCCAAGCCCAAGUCACUGCCUUAAAGCAGUCUCCUGACCAGAAGUGUCAAAAGAGUCAUUCCGAAAAGGCUGAGUUGACCGCUUUAAAGAAGAUGGUGGAGGAAUUAUGCACCCAAGUAGCGGCAGUGAAAGCAUCGGUCACCCAGGGGAUGAAACAAAACAAUGCAGAAGAGUUGGAAAUCUCUAGGCUCCAACGUCAGAUUGCGGAGCUGCAAACUCAAAAUGUCACUCGUAGGAUACCUCAGACUUCUUACAUGCAGAGACCUUUUAGAACAGACACAGACAGAAGCCCCAGGACGGGCCAGCUGAGAGUUAACAGGCCACGACCCUGGUACUGUUUCCGGUGUGGAGAGGAUGGGCACCUGGCCGUUGAUUGUGAGAAUGCUGCAAAUCCUUCCAAAGUCGAGGAGAACCGCCUUAAGUUGAGAGAGCAACAAAGCCAAUGGGACUCUCUGCAUGGAAGGCCUGCCCAGCCUUUAAACUGAAAAGGGUCUCUGUAGCAGGGCAUAUGGAGACCA